GAAGAACAUUUUGAACCGACAUAAGGAAGCUCGUGAAAAUGAAAACAAGCGACAGAAGUAUAACGAAAGAUAUGCAAACGAAAGGAGGAAUGCAAAGGAAAGUGUAAUCAAAGAGGGAGACUAUGUGUUAGUGAAACAACCUAAGGCAAAUAAACUAACGCCAAAUUUCAAUCAAACACCUUAUGUUGUUAUCUAUCGGAACAAAACA